AUGGCUCUCAACGACGCAAUCCAAGCAGUUCUUGUUUAUCAUAACAUUGACCGUGCCAAAGACCGGAAAGCCGAGCUCUGGGCAUACAACACUGUCAAGACAAAACUCGUGCUACGAGAUGUUGUUCCAAGCGUUCCCCUUGCCACGUUUAUUGUCUACUGGCCUCACUACAAGCGAUUUCACGAAGUACAAAAGAUGUCGCGGUACAUGCACCCAUUCCGCUUCGCUCAUUCCAACUAUGCCCUAGACUGCAAGGUGUUUGGCUCCCGUGCCGAGAUAGACUCCUCUCACAUUGAUUCGAAGCGAGUAUUUGAGCUUGUCGACAACCUCAAAUCUCUGGAGCCUGACAUUCCUGCCAAUCACUUCAUCCCUGUUCUGCCACAUUCGAUGCCCGGCUCCAAGCUGAUCUGGCCAAAGGGAACAGGAGCAGCUCAAAAGGAAACAACUGCGUUGGCUGGUCUCCUUCUUCUCAACGACAUCAACCUUUUAAUGCAGCUUAUUGCGAUGCCUGCAUGUUUCGCCAAUACGAUUGUCAGAUCCCUCGUUUCCGAUUACAUCUACGCCCCCUCUAUCCCGACUCAAAACUUCUGGAAGCCCGAUGUGAAACCAGACUUGGUGUCUAUCUCCGGGGAGGAAAUCUUAGUUGGUCCGUUCUUCCAGAACAUUUCACCCUCCACGACCCGUCAAGACCUAGACCACUCUCACGACCCCGGGCGAUUCAACCGCCGGAUAGUUCAGCGCUCGCGUAUGUACCUCAACAUAGCAAAAGCCCUCAAAAUUCCUAUCGAGAAAAUCAUCGUGGAUCCAAAGUCUGGUUUGAUUACAUGGGAUGGAAUGCCGAGCGAAGCUGUUAUCGCUGCUGAACAGGGGAUGCCCUCUGUUGUGAAGCGGGCUGUUGGGAUGCCCCAAGACUUGAACAAGAUUGUUGCAGCCCCUGCGCCUACUCAAGCUUUCAAUAAUUCUUAG